GACAGUAUCGACGUUUGUACCGCUCCGACCCUGCUCCAGGCUGCGUCAAUAACCCCUCCGCCGGGGCUGGAUCCUCUUUGUCGGCUUCCUAUCCGGGACCGUAGCCCGGUUUCUGUCCACGCACCGGUCCGGGUGAGUCCAGCACGAACUUGGCCAGGCUGCGAACUGAAUUACACCAGCAUGUAGAAAUACACUCGAUGCGCCCAUUAUCGGACGUCGGAACGUCUUUUUUUUUUUUGCAGCUUGACAGCUUUUCCUGCAUGUUCUGCAUACAAACUGAAGGAUGAACCACGGCAGCUGCCAUGGCCUGCAGCGGUGGUCCUGCUAACCCCGAAACUCUGGAAGGGUUCCAUGAGGUCAACCUGACCUCGCCCACCACACCUGACCUGCAGGUAGGUGAAAAGUCAAUCCCUGACUUGCAUCCAAGCCAAAUUCCUUGUUCUGUUUUGCUGCAGAACCAAGCAGAGCAGCGGCCCCCCGCACUCCACAGCGCCCCGCCAUCCUCUCUGUACCGCACUCACGCCUUAGGACCGCCCCCAGCUGGCCUCCGCUCUUCCCUGCGGGCCGACCAGCUCCCCACGCAGCCCGUCUACUCCACGCCGCGACACAGCCACAAUGGAAGCGUGCAAGGCCAGGAGCCGGAGGCGGCAGAGGGCAACUUCCUAUCUGGGGAGGAUGGCGAGGAGUGCAGCGUGCUGAGCAACAGCCUUUCACGCCUCCGCAGCCCGUCGGUCAUGGAGGUGCGCGAGAAAGGAUACGAGCGUCUGAAGGAGGAGCUCGCCAAGGCCCAGAGGGAGCUGCAGUUAAAGGAUGAGGAGUGUGAGAGGUUGUCAAAAGUGCGAGAUCAGCUCGGCCAGGAGCUGGAGGAACUCACCGCCAGCCUCUUCCAGGAGGCCCACAAGAUGGUGAGAGAGGCCAACGUCAAACAGGCCAAUGCUGAGAAGCAGCUGAAAGAAGCUUUGGACAAGAUCGACGUCCUCCAGGCAGAAGUGCAGGCCCUAAAGACUCUCGUUCUUUCCUCCCCGACGUCGCCUGUUGGCGAGCUUCCUUUUGUGGGCGCAGGGGGGAAGACUCCAUUCAGAAAGGGCCACAGCAGGAACAAGAGCACCUCUUCUGCCAUCUUGGGAACGCAACCCGACCCGUCGGCCACGCAGCCCAUUGUACGCGAGUGUCGAGAGGCGGACCCUCAGCUCUUCACAGAGUUCAAGGCCUGGAAGGAGGAGCCCACGCUGGACCGCUGCUGCUGCUUCCUGGAGCGCGUUUACCGUGAGGACAUCUACCCGUGCCUCACCUUCAGCAAGAGCGAGCUGGGGUCAUCCAUCCUGGAAGCUGUAGAGCAGAACACGCUCAGUGUGGAGCCGGUCGGAUUCCAGCCGCUGCCCGUAGUCAAAGCCUCGGCCGUGGAGUGUGGUGGACCAAAGAAGUGUGCCCUAAGCGGUCAGACCAAAACCUGCAAGCACAGAAUCAAGUUUGGAGACUCGUCCAACUAUUACUACGUCUCGCCGUACUGCAGAUACAGAAUCACGGCAGUGUGUAAUUUCUUCACCUACAUUCGUUACAUCCACCAGGGACUGGUCAAGCAGCAGGACGCCGAGCAGAUGUUCUGGGAGGUGAUGCAGCUCCGCAGGGAAAUGUCCUUGGCCAAGCUGGGCUUCUACAAAGACCAACUGUGACUCCUCCUUCCGGGCGCUCACGUCAGGAGGCCACGCCUCCUCCCCUGUGGAGCGCAAGAGGAUGAGCUCGUAGAUCAUCCCGGUGGCUUGUAGCCUUUGACCUUUGUUCAAACCCCUAACACUCCAGAAUGAAAGCUCAGCGACUUUAGGCUGGAGACACUUUUAUCUCCUGCAAACGUAACAAAAACAACCUAAACUCGGUGGUACCUCACUUUUUGUUGGGAAAUCCUUCCGUUAAAACAGAAAUCGUAAGAAAACCGAAGCAAAUUUUCCAUAAGUAAUCAUGAAUGUGUUCCAGACAGCCAAAAACCGAAUCACCCCUAAACCGAAUGACACUAAAACUGAAUCACGCUGAAACCGAAUGACACUAAAACCGAUUCAUGCUGAAACUGAAUGACACUAAAACGGAUUCAUGCUGAAACCAAUGAAACUAAAACGGAUUCAUGCUGAAAAUGAAUCAUACUGAUAUCAAAUCCUACUAAAACCGAAUCUCGCUGAAAUGUAAUCAUGUGAAAACCAAGUCAUGCUCAAACUGAAUCACACUAAAACCUGAUUGGGUCAGACUGAAACCGAAUCACACUGAAAUUGAGUCAUUUGAAAACCAAAUUAUGCUGAAACCGAAUCACACUAAAAUGUAAACAUACUAAAACCGAAUCACGCUGAAAUGUAGUCAUUCGAAAACCAAAUUAUGCUGAAACCGAAUCACGCUAAAACCGAAUCACACUAAAAACGAAUAAUGCUGAAACUGAAUGACACUAAAACCGAUUCAUGCUAAAACCGAUUCAUGCUGAAAGCGAAUGACACUAAAACUGAUUCAUGCUGAAAGCGAAUGACACUAAAACGGAUUCAUGCUGAAACCAAUGAAACUAAAACGGAUUCAUGCUGAAAAUGAAUCAUACUGAUAUCAAAUCCUACUAAAACCGAAUCUCGCUGAAAUGUAAUCAUGUGAAAACCAAGUCAUGCUCAAACUGAAUCCCACUAAAACCUGAUUGGGUCAGACUGAAACCGAAUCGCACUGAAAUUGAGUCAUUUGAAAACCAAAUUAUGCUGAAACCGAAUCACACUAAAAUGUAAACAUACUAAAACCGAAUCACGCUGAAAUGUAGUCAUUCGAAAACCAAAUUAUGCUGAAACCGAAUCACGCUAAAACCGAAUCACACUAAAAUGUAAUCACACUAAAAACGAAUAAUGUUGAAACUGAAUGACACUAAAACCAAUUCAUGCUGAAACCGAAUGACGCUAAAACCGAUUCAUGCUAAAACCGAUUCAUGCUGAAACCGAAUGACGCUAAAACUGAUUCAUGCUGAAACCGAAUGACACUAAAACUGAUUCAUGCUGAAACCGAAUGACGCUAAAACUGAUUCAUGCUGAAACCGAAUGACACUAAAACUGAUUCAUGCUGAAAGCGAAUGACGCUAAAACUGAUUCAUGCUGAAAGCGAAUGACACUAAAACUGAUUCAUGCUGAAAGCGAAUCAUACUGUAACAACAAGCGAGGUACCACCUAGCAACAUAUUAAAGGUUCCAAAUAAGAUAUAUUUUCUUGUUUGGAACCCUCCCUCCUAACAGUGGCAGUGUUUGUUUACAAACUAUUAUUUUCAUAGCAAAUGUAAGUACGACUUUGCAGCUGUGCACAAUGAAAGUAUGUUUAAUAAGUUUAGUUUCACUUCAUCAUUUUUGCAAAGAUAAUCACAUUGAUGACUUUGCUGUUCAU